AUGGAGAGUAAGUACACAUGCAUUAAUAAUGUUCCUUUAGGGUGUACGGGGUGGGUUAGGCAAAGGUAUCGGCAACAGCAUAUGCCGCACGACAUAUCCACCGCCAUCAAGAUCUUGUCGCGCGGUAAAAGGAUUUGCGGGGAAAGAAUGCCGCAUGCGGCAGAGAUGAGGAGAGGGGUAAGUGGUAGGGCCCAAUAUCUUCUUAACCAAUCAUCUUUUAAAAAAAAUGGUUUGGAGGAAACCACCCCUUGUGUUUUUGGGCAAGAAGGGAAAAUGAGAGGGGAAAUGACAUGGCACAAUAUGAUUGGAUUUAAUAAUCAAAUAACGUCUACGCGGAUUAUUGGAGUAAACCUAAAGGGUAUGUGGUCCGGUCCAUGGGAAAGUUGGAAAGAUGUUCCUAAUGAGGACAAAAAGCGGUUGUUUGAACGAUUCCAUUGUUAUUUUCAGUGGGAGGAGAAAUGGAAUGGUGAAAUAUAUAGUUGCUGGGAGCGGUGCAUUGCUGGUAAAAUUCCGGAUUUGUUGUGUAUGGUACGAGAUCAAGCUAAAGAGACGGCGAAAAGUAAAGAUGUACAAGUUGAAGACGAUAUGUCUGUUCUUAUUGAUUUUAAACCACCAUGGAUCAAAACAGAGACAUGGAAACAAAUGAUUGAGAUCUGGAACACACCCGAAUAGAAAGCGA